AUGUCUUCACCUCCUCCGACACUGGUCAUGAUGGGCAUGUCCCCGAACUGCUCAGUCCUCAACCUGAAGUCCCGCCAAGUCCCGGUUGGUGUCAUUCAAGAUGAUGAAUUUGAUGCAGUUACCUUUGCUGUAAAUAACAACAAUGCCACGGUUGAAAUGUUAAUUGGAUCAAACUUUAAGAGAUGGAAGCAAGAUAUAGAGUUUGCUUUGGGCAUCGUUGAUAUGGACUUGGCUCUACGUGAGGAUGAACCUGCUAGGCCCAAUGAUCAAAGUACUGCAGAUCAAAAGGCCCAUUAUGCUAGAUGGGAAAAAUCUAAUCGACUGAGCCUCAUUGCUAUGAAGAGGUCUAUUGCUGAGCAUCUGUGGGAGAAAGAUAUAGUCUCAGAUAAGGCUGAAGCUGGGAACUUGCUAAGUGAGUUAACGAACAUAAGGUAUGAUGCUGCUAUGGGUGUUAGAGAAUUUAUACUGAAGAUGGUCCACAUUCAAUCCAAACUUAAGGCCCAUGAAAUUGUUCUUUCUGAAAAUUAUAUUGUGCAUCAAGCCUUAAAUGUUUUGCCGGAUGAAUUUAGCUUGAUUAAGAUCGCUUAUAAUGCUCGAGAAUGA